UAUUUUAUUACACACUCUGACAACUAGACAGCAAGCCAGGAAAGCUUCGCGUAAGCCUCCAAACAUCAAGCCGGCUCCUCGAACGAGUCUCGGAGGCCUCCCGCGCUCUGAAGCGCCGCUUGGCCCGGCACAAAAGACUUCCCUCCGUUCGGCUGAGGCUGGGGCUCCACCUCUUUCCUCUCGCUCGGCCUUCCUUUCCCGGCCGGAGAAGCCAUGAAGGCCGAGCCACGUUGCCGCCUCGAGACUCUGGCUCUGAGGAAACAGCUGAUCGGAUCCUCUUGCAAGCUUUUUUUCCCAGAAGACCCAGUGAAGAUUACGAGAGCAAAGGGCCAGUAUAUGUAUGAUGAAAAUGGGAAUGAGUACCUGGACUGUAUAAGUAAUGUCGCUCAUGUUGGUCACUGCCAUCCUGAGAUAGUCCGUGCAGCACAUCAACAAAAUCAGCUGCUAAAUACAAACUCUCGGUAUCUACAUGACAACUUGGUAGAUUAUGCACAAAGACUUUCCAAUACAUUGCCUGAAAAGCUGUGUACUUUCUAUUUUUUGAAUUCAGGAUCAGAAGCCAACGAUCUUGCCCUAAGAUUGGCCCGGCAAUACACGAAGCAUGAGGAUGUUAUUGUAGUGGAUCAUGCUUAUCAUGGACAUCUGACAUCCUUGAUUGACAUAAGUCCAUAUAAAUUCAGAAAUCUUGAUGGCCAAAAGGAAUGGGUCCAUGUGGUCCCUCUUCCUGAUACAUACCGAGGAUUGUUUAGAGAAGACCACGAAGAUCCAGCCACAGCAUAUGCCAGUGAAGUGAAAAAAGUAAUUGAUCAAGGACACCAAAAAAGCAGAAAGUUUGCUGCAUUUUUUGCUGAAUCUUUACCAAGUGUUGCUGGACAAAUCAUUCCACCACCAGGCUAUUUCCAGAAGGUAGCAGAGCACAUACACAAGGCAGGAGGUGUGUUAGUUGCUGAUGAAAUUCAAGUUGGCUUUGGAAGAGUUGGCAAACAUUUUUGGGCAUUUCAGCUUCAGGGAGAAGAUUUUAUCCCUGAUAUUGUCACUAUGGGAAAACCCAUUGGCAAUGGACAUCCUGUUUCCUGUGUAGCAACAACCAAGGACAUUGCAGAGGCAUUUUCAGCAACAGGAGUAGAAUAUUUUAACACAUUUGGAGGAAAUCCUGUGUCCUGUGCAAUAGGUCUCACAGUCUUGGAUGUCAUUGAAAAAGAGCAGCUUCAAGCCCACGCUCUUCAAGUGGGACGCUUCCUCAUGGAACUACUCCAUCAACAAAAAGAAAAACAUUCUCUAAUUGGUGAUGUCAGGGGUGCUGGAUUGUUCAUUGGAGUAGAUUUGGUAGAAGAUCAAACAAAAAGAUCACCUGCUACCAAAGAAGCUGAGUUUAUAACAACAAGGUUAAAAGAAGAGUUCAUUAUGUUGAGCACCGAUGGCCCAGGAAGGAAUGUGCUUAAAUUCAAGCCUCCACUCUGUUUUAAUAAAAAAGAUGCAGAGCUUGUUGUGGACAAGCUUGAUAAGAUAUUAACAGAAUUAGAGAAGAAAAAUACCUAGAACCAUUCAGCUCCUUCACUUCAAAUGAAUCUUCUUGACUGGAUCUUCUUCCUUAAAUGUGAUGAACACAAACCCUCUUCUUUUAUUGGUUUUUGGAUCCAUUGGAAGUUCAAUUGCCUCAAUCUGAUAAACAACAAUAAUAAAGGUUCAACUGGA